AAUUACUGCCAUGAACUGUUUGACACUGUAGUCAUGGGAAUCAUUGUUGAUUUGGUGCCAUCCUUAUCAGAGUGUGUGGAGGCCAUGUAGGGAAUUUCCUCUCUAUCCAGCGCAGCUCUGUGCUCUGAAUCCUCUGCAGUCUGCAUCAGCAAAGUGUCUUGGCAUCACUUCUCGUCCUUCCUUUGGUGUCCAUUCCGGCGUCAAGUGAAAGGGGUUCACGGCGGUUUAUUUUGCCCUCAACCGGACCCCUCCUCCGUCGAGCUCAUUCGCCAGCGCUGACGUCCUCUCCCCCGCUAGUCGCGGUGGGGUAGUGCCGCUGUCCCCGCUCUCCCCGGUUCAUCCCGCAUCCUUCGGCGUGCGGCGGAGCGGAGGAUGAGCGAGCAAGGGAAGGGCUCGGCAUCCGCCUCUGCCGCGGCCCCGGCUCCAGGGUCGGAUACUUACAAAGGCUGGCUUUUUAAAUGGACCAACUAUUUGAAAGGGUACCAGCGGCGAUGGUUUGUCCUCAGCAAUGGCCUGCUUUCAUAUUACAGGACGCAGGCAGAGAUGGCCCAUACGUGCCGUGGAACAAUAAACUUGGCCACGGCACACAUCGACACAGAGGAUGCCUGCAAUAUUGUCCUCAGCAGUGGCGGCCGCACAUACCACCUGAAGGCUAGCACGGAAGUGGAGCGGCAGAGAUGGGUCACGGCCCUGGAGUUGGCCAAAGCUAAAGCCAUCCGCAUGAUGAACGAUCAGUCUGAUGACUCGGGGGACGAGGAGCCUACAUCCCAGUCGGACCGCAGCGAGAUUCAGGGCACCCUGAAGAUACUCGUCAGCAAGCUUGAUGACCUCAGCACAUGUAAUGACCUGAUCGCCAAGCACGGGGCGGCACUGCAGCGUUCCCUGAGUGAGCUCGAGGGUCUGAAAGUCCCUGUGGAGGGAGGAGAGAAGUUCAAGGCAGUCAAUGAGCGAGCCACCCUCUUCCGCAUCACUUCCAAUGCUAUGAUCAAUGCGUGUCGAGACUUCUUGGACCUAGCAGAGACUCACAGCAGGAGAUGGCAGCGGGCGCUGCAGUAUGAGCGUGAGCAGCGUACCCACCUAGAGGAGACCAUUGAGCAGCUAGCCAAGCAGCAUAACAGCCUGGAGCGAGCGUGGAGAGAAGCACCCACGCUUGUUUCCACCACACCCAGUGCCCCUACCACCAACAAGGGAGGGAGUGAGAGGCUGCGCAAAGAAGAGGCAAGUGAUGAAGAUGAGGAUACUGAGUACUUUGAUGCCAUGGAGGAUUCCCCUGCAUUCAUCACAGUGACUACCACUGACAACACACAGCACAGGCGAUCGCAAAGUAAUUUGAGCGGAGCGAGCGGAGGUCAGCCCAGCGACUGGAACCAGGACAACCAUAUGUCUCCGAGCUGUAAUGAUGUGUCGGGGAAGGAGCUGCAGCCCCGCAGACAGAGGCGGACUCAUGUCCCAGACAAACCCAACUACUCCCUCAAUUUAUGGAGCAUCAUGAAGAACUGCAUUGGCAAGGAGCUCUCCAAAAUCCCCAUGCCUGUAAACUUCAAUGAGCCUCUGUCGAUGCUGCAGCGUCUCACAGAGGACCUGGAGUAUCACGAGCUUCUGGAUAAGGCGGCGCGUUGCGACUCCACCCUGGAGCAGAUGUGCCUGGUCGCUGCCUUCUCCGUCUCGUCCUACUCCACCACAGUCCACCGGACAGCCAAGCCCUUCAAUCCCCUCCUGGGCGAGACCUACGAGCUCGAUCGCCUGGAGGAGUUCGGCUAUCGCUCGCUGUGUGAGCAGGUGAGCCAUCACCCCCCUGCAGCUGCACAUCAUGUGGUUUCCCAACGAGGCUGGACCCUGUGGCAGGAAAUCACCAUUGCCAGCAAGUUCCGUGGCAAAUACCUCUCCAUAAUGCCUCUGGGUGCCAUUCACCUGCAUUUCCACUCCAGCGGGAACCACUACGUGUGGAGAAAGGUCACCUCCACAGUGCACAAUAUCAUUGUGGGCAAGCUGUGGAUUGACCAGUCGGGGGACAUUGAGAUUGUGAAUCACAGAACCAAGGAGACCUGCCAACUCAAGUUCUCUCCCUACAGUUAUUUCUCCAGGGACAUUCCACGGAAGGUGACAGGUGUGGUGGCAGACAGUGGUGGCCAGGCUCACUACAUCCUGUCUGGCACGUGGGAUGAUAAAAUUGAGAGCGCAAAGAUCGUUCAGAGCAGCCGAGGGGGCAGUGGAUCAGAGGGCAAGCAGAAGACGGUCUAUCAGACGUUGUCCCCCAAACUGCUGUGGAAGAAAUACCCUCUCCCGGAGAACGCUGAGAACAUGUACUACUUCUCUGCGCUGGCACUGACCCUGAACGAGCAGGAGGACGACGUGGGACUGACCGACAGCCGUCUGAGACCAGACCAGAAGCUGAUGGAGGAAGGCCGAUGGGAUGAGGCAAACUCAGAAAAACAGAGGCUAGAAGAGAAACAAAGAGCUGUGAGGAGGAGGAGGGAAGCGGAGGCCACGGACGCUCUGGAUGAAGGUAAAGAAUACGAAGGCUACCAGCCAUUGUGGUUUCACCAGAGGAGGGACUCCGUCACUGGAGAGACAAACUUUGUGUACAAGGGAGGUUACUGGGAGUCGAAGGACAGACAGGACUGGAGCAUGUGUCCUGACAUCUUCUAACCCAGGAGCUCACCUGGAUCACUCCUGACCUCAUCAGACAGGGAACUGCUCCGCCUGGUCCUUCAGCAAUGCUGGCUUGUGAGCACCAUGUGGACCUUUAGUGAGCGUGAGAAUGUGUUUCACACACUCUCAGAUUACCUCCAAAUAUACACUCUCACUCUGUUUUUACUGUGGGGGGGGGGGAAAGAAAACAUCCCCUGAGUACGGUACUGAAACAGCAGUGAGAUCAUGUGUGGAUGUGAGGUGGUGUUGGAGUUGUAACACCACACACUAAGGGAACCUGCACACUCCUGAAAAUCAGGUGCUCCAUAAAUCUUACUCACAAUGCACUUUUCUGUGUUCACCCCAUUUUAGAAUUUUUUACCGAUUGGACAGAAACCCAUAUCAAAGCACCUCUCGAUUAUAAACAGGACAAAAUCACAAACGGUGUUGAAUACACACGUCAGUAUUUCAGGGGUUACAAGAAAAUUGUCCUCAUCUUCUGUUUUAUUCAGCACAAUCGAGAUUCUACAUACUUUCUAAAUCUCAAGUUAGUUGCCUCAUUUUAUUCACAAGAAUUACUUCAAAUGCUCAUUAUUUGCCCAUUUUUAGUUGCUAGGCCCAACUGGUGUCCGGGAAUUAGAUUAGAAUUAUUAGAUUGUAAUUAAUAUUACAGACACAAAGUGUUCAAAAUUAAUUGAAUAAAUAAGACAUUCUAAAAACAUAAAGGUCUUGACAUAAAUAACUGCAGAAAAAAUAGUUAACACAAUAAUGCAAUAUUUAUAUUUUUCUGCUGCUCAUGUUCACAAUCGUUUGUGGCAAGUCAGUUUUAAUACUUUACUUAUUUAUUACUAUCAUAUUUUAUAAUUCCCUUUCUCAAGAAAGAUCUCAAGAAGAAAAGAC